AUGGAGACGGUCGAAGAAGACACUCGUCCAGCCCUUGACGAAGAAAAAGUACCUUCGGGGGCCAAUGUUGAGAACUUCAGUGACCAGAUUCCCCAUGAGCUGCUUAAGGAGCUCGCUCCCAACGGAGAAGAGGAGUAUAUUCUCGACAAGAUCAACAAUAUGACCGAAGAUGAAGCCCUCGCCAUCAUCGAAGAGUCUGUCACAUUUUUUGCAGAUGACUGGAACUUCCCCUCGGAUAUGCGUGACCGUAUGAACCGGCUCCUCCAGGGCCCCAAGUUAUACGGAGAGUACUACGGGAGAGACCUGCGGAUUGAUGCCGUCAUGAUUCGGUAUUCGUCACCGUACCCAGGCGUUCGCUCCGUGGUCGAGCUGCAGGAUGAAGAUGUGCCAAUCGAGACCUUUCGUGUGUCUUGGGCUGUGAUUGGCACAUUCAUGGCAACUUUUUUCUCAAGUCGUUUCCCAUCAAUCACUUUGAAUGCGCAGGUGAUUCAGAUUCUACUUUAUCCUUGCGCCAAGUUUCUUGAGUAUGUUCUACCAGACUGGGGGUUCACCUUCAGGGGAGUUCGCCAUUCUCUUAAUCCCGGACCUUGGCAUUUCAAGGAACAAAUGUUUGCAACAAUCACCUAUAACAUCGCCAUCUAUACGACCAACGCCUACAGUAUGAUCUUGGUCCAGAAGUCUCCCAUGUUCUACGGCCAGAAAUUCAUAGGCUUCGGGUACCAGAUCAUGCUGACCCUUUUCGUUCAGCUGAUGGGUAUGGGAUUUGCCGGGUAUCUCCGGCGAUUCAGUGUCUACCCCGUCAAGGCCCUCUGGCCAACCCUGCUUCCCAUAAUAGCUAUGAACAGGGCUCUUACUCGGCCGGAGCCAAAGGAGAAUAUCAACGGCUGGACAAUAUCCCGAUACAAGUUCUUUUAUAUUGCCUUGGGAUCUAUGUUUGUAUAUAAUUGGUUCCCAGGAUACAUCUUCACAGCGCUCUCGACAUUCAACUGGAUGACUUGGAUCGCACCCCAGAACUUUACGUUGGCCAUCCUGACGGGAUCUUCUUUAGGGCUGGGCCUUUUCAAUCCCAUUACGACUUUCGACUGGAACGUUGCCACUCAAUCUUAUCAGCCGCUCUCACAACCCUUUUUCGCCAUUGGCACUCAGUAUGUCGGCUCUCUUCUCGGAGGUGCUGUCAUCCUGGGGAUGUUCUACACCAACAUGUUCAACACGGCAUAUCUUCCCAUCAACUCAUCCAGCCCCUUUGCCAAUGACGGAAAGGUAUAUGAGGUGCAAAAAAUCGUGGUCAACAACAAGCUUGACAGGGAGCUAUAUCAGCAGUACUCCCCCCCGUUUUACUCUGCUGGCCAGGUCCUUACCAUUGCCGGAAACUACUGCUUCUACCCCGUUUACUUCAUAUACAUCAUGUUCAACCAGUGGAAGACUAUAGGAGCCGCCUACGUAGACUUCUACAAAGGCCUCCGCCACGGCAAGGGUAAUUACGAGGGCGCCAUGGACGUCCACAGCCGACUUAUGAGCCGACAUCCAGAGGUUCCGGACUACUGGUUUCUUCUCAUACUCAUAUUCGCUGUCGUUGUCUCUGUCAUCUUUCUCAAAAUAUUCCCGCUCGAUACUCCGGUCUGGCUCGUCUUUCUCGUUAUCGGCAUCAACCUUGUCUUCGCCGUGCCGCUGUCUUUCCUCUCCGCCACAACCGGCACAAAUCUCGGCCUCGGGUCGCUCAUCCAGGUCAUCACGGGUUUCUUGCUCCCCGGCAACCCAAAUGCCUUCCUGUUCUCUCAAACUCUCGGCAGUUGGGCGUUGGCAGGAUAUUCGGAUAACUAUGUCCAAGAUCAGAAGCUUGCUCACUACUGUCUGAUCAAGCCUCGCGCGGUCUUCCGAAGCCAGAUUGGGACCAUCAUCAUCACCUGCUUCGUGGCCGUUGCAACACAGAAUUUCAUCUUAGAAAACGUCAAGGGCCUCUGCACACCCGACCAGCCAAGCAAAUUCACCUGCGCAAUGGACGGAGCGCCUCUCUACAGCAGUUCGCUCAUGUGGGGGCUUUUGGGUUCCAAUAUCAUGUUCAACGAAAUGUACCCGAUUCUCAAAUGGUGUUUCCUCAUCGGCACGCUUAUCUCCAUUGUCUUUCUUGUUGGGCAAGGCUACGGUCCCAUAUACCUCCCUCGCGUCCGGGAGUGGCUCCGAGGCCGUCUUCGACCGCGAACAUUUAGGUUUUUGGAACGAACACUCUUCCCAGUCGUUGCAUCGCUGUUUUGGCUGAACCCGGUUCUGAUCAUCCAAGGUAUCCAGCACUGGGCCCCGUCCAACAUGGCGUACAAGACUCCAGGGUUGAUAUUGGGUUACAUUUUCAUGUACUGGCUACCAAAGCAUAGGAUGGCCCUUUGGGAGAAGUACAACUAUGUUUUGUCAGCAGCUUUGACUGCUGGCGUCGCUGUGAGCGCACUCGUGAUGUUUUUUGCAAUUGGGUACAAUCCUGUCACAUUUUCCUGGUGGGGAAACACUGUUAGCAGGGCGGGUGUUGACGGGACCAAUGUUGGUCGGUUACCCAUUCCUGAGAGGGGAUAUUUUGGCCCAGAGAAAGGCUCGUUCCCUUAUUAA